UCUGAACCCGAUUACACUUUCACUUUCUAUUUACCUGAUGAGUGGGAUAGAAACGAAGAGGAUUUUAGUGGGAUGCACUGGGAGUGUUGCAUCUAUUAAAAUACCUUUAUUAAUUCAAGAGCUGCAAUGUUUCAAUAACAAGGUAGAUAUCAAAGUAGUGGCUACUGAGCAUGCGCUUCAUUUUUUUGACAAGGCCUCACUUCAAGUACCAGUCCUGACAGACAAAGAUGAAUGGGAGAUUUGGAAAAGUGUGCAGGAUCCAGUUCUUCAUAUUGAUUUAAGGAGAUGGGCAGACAUCUUAGUGAUAGCCCCAAUAGACUGUAACACGCUGGCCAAGAUGGCUAAUGGCAUCUGUGACAACUUGCUGACUUGUAUAGUGAGAGCCUGGGAUCUGAAUAAACCUUUAUACUUUGCACCAGCUAUGAACACUUACAUGUGGCAACACCCAAUCACAGCACAACAGAUAGAGACACUAAAAAGCUAUGGCUAUCAAGAAAUCCACUGUAUAGAGAAGAAGUUGGCUUGUGGAGACACUGGGUUUGGAGCAAUGGCAGAAGUCUCUACCAUUGUAAGAUGUGUCAAGGAGGCUUUAAACUUGACAUGAAGAAAUCUUGAUCAUCACAUUUAAUGCAUCUUACUAAAUUUAGUGGAUGUGGUUCUUAAAGUUACAUGCAUAGAGAGAGAGAGGGAGAGAGAGUUGUAUUACACAAAAUGAAGUUGAUUUUCUGUUUAUGUUCCGUUAUCCUCAGUCAGCCACAACAGGGAGGAAGUAAAGACAUUUCUCGACAGACCAUUGUCUUUUGUUAUGUUUCGAACCAAUCAAACAUUGAUGCCACCAUUAUCAUGUGUCCACAAUACAUUGACCUCCGUGUGUGAGACAAAAUUUUAUAUUGUCAAAAAAUGUGGAUUGGAAGAUAAAUGUAUUUCAUAAUUUAAUUUACAAAUGUACAAUUGGCAUUUACUGAAAAUAAAUGUAUGUACAAUA